AGCGCCUCUGACCCUGGGAAGCGGAAGGCGUUGGGGAGCGCGUGGAGGGGCCGCCUCGCCUCUGGCCGCCGCACCAAGGACUGCAAGAAGCUACUUUAACAACCCCAGCUUUUAUGUUAAGUGCUCAUCAGUGCAUAAUUCAUUUCAGGAAGAGAAACAUGCCUUCUAACUUGCAUCAGUUCAAGAGCAUUGCUGAGCUUGGGAAGCAUUUGGGAAGAGCAUGGCAGCAUGAUGACUACCACUAGCAUUUUAUUUCUGCCACAUCAGCAGGUUUUGCACUUGCCACCUUCAGCUUUACCAGAUAAAGUGUUCCUUCUGUCUGCUGUUUACUUAUGAAAAAAAUAUGGUACUCCAGUCAUCUUUAAAGAACUGCCUUCAGCUUUCCUGCGUCCUCAGGACUCCAAAAGCUGGCUUCAGAAGCACAACUACUGGAGACCUCAUUAUCCAGUCUAUCUCUAAUGAUGUUUACCAAAACCUAGCUGUGGAAGACUGGAUCCAUGACCACAUGAAUUUAGAGAACAGACGAGUCCUUUUCCUUUGGAGAAAUUCCCCUGCUGUGGUAAUAGGGAGACAUCAGAAUCCCUGGCAGGAAUGCAACCUCAGGCUAUUGAGGCAAAAAAAUAUAAAACUAGCCAGGAGAAGAAGUGGAGGAGGGACAGUUUACCAUGAUUUAGGCAAUAUCAAUUUGACAUUCUUUACAAACAGAAAAAAAUACGAACGAAUGGAAAACCUGAAAUUAGUUGUGAAGGCACUGAAAGCCUUGCACCCCCAGUUAGAUGUACGUGUCACUGACAGAUACGACAUCUUGCUAAAUGGGCAAUACAAAAUCUCAGGUACUGCUGCAAAGCUAGGAAGGACAACUGCUUAUCACCACUGUACCUUACUCUGUAAUGCAGAUAAGUCUGUCUUAUCUUCUGUGCUAAAAAGUCCUUACAAAGGGCUAAAAAGCAAUGCCACUCCCAGUGUGCCAGCGUCAGUGAAAAACCUCUUUGAAGAGGAUCCAGGUUUAACUUGUGAGAUGCUCCUGGAUGCCAUUGCUGAAGAAUAUGCUACACAACACCAAACAGAUCAUUGUAUCACCUUAAUAAAUCCAGCUGACGAGACGGUGCUCCCUGGAAUUAAUAAUAAAACUAAAGAACUACAAACCUGGGAAUGGGUGUAUGGAAAGACACCAAAGUUCAGCAUUAGCACUUGUUUUAACUUGGUCUAUAAAGGUUCUGUUCUUGAUGUUAAAGUAGAUAUGGAUGUAAAGCACGGAAGGAUUGAAGACUGUAACAUUGAUCUGCCAGAGAAGUGGCUGCCACCAGCACUGUGCAGUGAACUGGUGAAGAGCCUCACUGGCACUAAGUUUUGCCCAAAUGAAAUCACUACACUAGCAACGAUGUUACUAAGAGUGUGUCCACAAGAUGAUGAGUUGCACAGCAGGUGGAAUCUGCUAUGUGAGAAUAUGGUAAUGCUAAUGUGACUUGCAUUUUGGAAAUGUAAGUUAAACUUCUGCUGCUUUUUUAUUUAACUUAUUGAAAACAAAAUAUCAACAAG